AUGUUAUCUACUACUUCUAAUGGUUCUCCUAUUAGUAUUACGAAUAUAAGUUGCUACCAAAAACUUCAUACUGCAUAUUUUUAUCCUUAUCAAAAUUUUUCUCAAUUUUCUUCAUGUGAUGAGUAUUUUUCUCUUUCACCUUUAGAUAAUAAAGGUUGGAAAUUUAGUUGUGCUGAUGAAUGUAAAUCCAUACCUAAACUUCCACUUAACACUUUUUGUUAUCGAGAACCACAAGAUCAAAUUGAAAUUAUUAAUUAUAGAGCAAUAGGUGAUCCAAUUAGCAUAGAUCAUAUCACCUUAAAUAUAACUUCUAAUGUCACGUCAUCUCCAAAUGCUUCCCUUCCUGAUUAUUUUGGAAUUAUUUUUAGUAAAAUCAUAAUUAAUGAUAAAGUAAUGAAUCUCUAUUUCAAUAUGAUUCCAGUACCCCGUGGUCGUUGGGUUAUCCUUGAAUUUUCCAUAUCAAUAAGAGAUUAUUAUACACUUCGAGGACGUGGCUUAUUAUUUGGUCUUAAACCUGAAAAUAACGUGGCAUAUAUUGAUGUUGAUGUUAAAGAAUUGUCUCCAAUUGCUGAUUCUUCUUAUACACUUUUAAUAAUAAAACCAAAGAAUCAUAUUGUGCGAUAUAUUGAAGAAGAUAGCCAAUCUUUUCCAUUUGUUGAAGAUCCACGUAAACUACCUCCUGGUGCUUCUAUUGAACAUCGAGUUGCUGUGUUAGAAAAUUUAUUAAAAGAAUAUUAUCUCGAUACAAGUUAUUUAGAAUUAUUAAAAGAUACACGUGAAAAAUAUAUUGCUUUUAAUAAAACUUAUCAAGAGCUUGAAGAAACAAAUACCGAUGAUAUUAGUGAUGAGGAAAAUAAAAAUCAAAUUAUCAAUAAGAUCUCAAAAAGAUAA